AAUCACCUCUGGGUUUUUAUUUUUUUCUUAAACCAAAAACCACAGAAAAUUUUGAAAAAAAAAAGUUUUUUCUUAGUUUUUGUUAUACAAUUUUGUAAAUAAGUGAUUUUUCUCCUUCACUGAUGUGCACUAAUAAGGCUGCACUGAUGGACACUGAUAGGCGGCACUGACUGGCACUGAUAGGCGGCACUGACUGGCACUGAUAGGCGGCACUGAGGCGGCACUGAUGGCACUGAUAGGC